AUGAAGAUUCUGUCUAAGAAACGGUUGAUGAAGAAGGCUGGAUUCUUCAAGCGAAUCCCACCGAAGCGUGACGGCAAGCCCACAUCGCGACUACCGAACCCUCUGGAGCAAGUGUACAGAGAGAUAGCAAUACUGAAGAAACUUGACCACCCGAAUGUAGUGAGGUUGGUCGAAGUACUUGAUGACCCGGAUGAGGACAACCUCUAUGUGGUGUUUGAACUGUUGGAGAGAGGAGAAGUGGUAAGCAUUCCUACGGACACUCCAUUGUCGCAGGAACAGGCAUGGCAGUACUUCCGAGACAUCGUCUUGGGUAUAGAAUAUCGUAAGUGUCUCUCUUAUUGUACAUCAUGUAAGCAAGCUACUUACCACACAGCCACUGCUACGCCUAUAUUCACACACACACACACACUCACAAAUGAAUACCUCUUUUUUUAUGCUAAAUCUACAACACAAUCUUUCUUCUCUUUUAUUCCUCUGAUGACCCAUCUCUGCUACUCUAAGAUUGCAGAUUUUGGGGUCAGUAAUGAGUUCACAGGAGGGGACGCGUUUUUCACAAGCACAUCGGGAACUCCAGCCUUCCAAGCCCCAGAAACUUUAAAAGAUUUUUUGAUUUUUCAGGCCCUGGAUAUUUGGGCUAUGGGUGUGACACUUCAUUGUUUUGUUUAUGGUCAAUGUCCAUUCCAUGAUGAAUAUAUUCUCCUCCUCCACAAGAAGAUUCUCAGAGAUCCAGUAAUUUUUCCUGAUGAGCCAGAAAUUGAAGAUGACUUAAAAGGAAUCAUACUACGAAUGCUGGACAAAAACCCUGAAACCCGUAUCACAUUACCUGAAAUUAAGAUCCAUCCAUGGGUAACUAAAGAUGGCACUGAACCAUUGCCAAGUGAAGAAGAAAACUGUGUGUUGAUAACUGUGACCGAAGAGGAAGUUGAAAACGUUGUGAAACACGUUCCACGUUUGGAAACCUUGGAAGACGUCCGCAGAUUCAAUUAUUGGCGGAACUCUUAGUGAAGACAGCUAAGAUGGAUGUCACUGGACACAGUGAGACAGACAGAAAGAGAGAUGGUGGUGUACUGUGAGGAGUAGUGGUGGUAUUGGUGGUGGUGGUGGUGGACGAGGAGAAAAGGUUGUAGGAGACAGCAAAUUUUCAGUAGUGUCUGUGGGAGGGCAUGGCAUCAGAUUGGCUGAGGUUUUAGAUCAGAGGUUCUCAACAUGGGUGGCACCACUCCACCUCCCUGCAAGGCGAUGCUGGUGAUAUCGAAGGGAAUGUUAAGCUUUAGGGGGUCAGCCGGAUAACAUAAUUAACAUACUAAGUUUUACCUGUAGUAGUAAAUAUAUUAUACUUGUUAAAGCUAGUAAUGGUUGUCGAAAUAAAAUAAGAAAUAAGUAGUGUGCUGCUAUUACUAGCAGGUCAAGCAACUGUGUAGAGGUAGACUCUGCCCAGUUGCUUGAUCUGAUAUAGAAAAUUUGGCAAGAUCUCAUCAGGCACAAGGAAGUCAUUAAUUUGCAAUGUGUAAAGUAUAUUUAACACCUUUUGUCUUUUUAGUUGUGAUGCUUCACCUGCCAUUUAGCUGGACACUACUUGAAAGUGGGGUGCAACAAAUAAAGACAGAGACAGAGAG